AUGAGUAGCCAAAAGGUAUAAAAGACAAAAAAUAGGUAUUCUAAAAGUCAACAAUUUGAGCCAUUAGCGGGAUUGAAUAGAGAGCUCAGAACUGAAGACUCUGAUAGAAAAAUUACUGAUACAAAUUUGUUAUUAAAGUAGAAUAUGACAACGCAGUCUGAUUAUGAAAACGCUAUAAAAACAUAAGAAGUGAUAAUUGACACAGAGGUAUCAUAGCACGCACUGAUGCAUUAUCCUAAAAAUGGUAAUAACAAUAACAAAGUUGAAGAUAAUGUUGAGGAUAAUGAAGAAGAUAAUGAUGUUUUUGACAUAUUAUAUGGUCAAAUAUAAAAUGAUAAAUCUAAUCGUUAAAUUCAAGAAGAUAGCUCUAAAGUUAAAUCAGAUUAAUAAAAUACAAAGCCUUAACAGUAUGAGACAAAAAAAUCUGGUUCUUUCUUAAAUUAGGACUACUAUGAAUUAUAAAAUAUGAAGGAGUAGUAAGCGAGUGAACAAAUUGAAUAAUAUUCUAAUGGUUAAAACAACCAGGAUAAUAUAAUUAGAAAUGCAUAAUCGAUUAAUAUAAGAAUACCUCUUUAAGAAACUUUAGACAAAGAUUUAAAAAUAGAUUCUGAACAGUAAAAAAAUAUUUAGGAAUUAAAUAAUAAAAAGACUGAUUCAAUGAAAAAUUCAAGAUUCUAAAACCAAUCUGUUUUCUAAGAUAAACUUCGUUACAUUUAAAAUUUAAAGAACAGGUAAAACAAAGAAAUCAAUUAAAAUAAAAGAGAUAGUUUGGCCUUAUUUAAAAAUGCGACUCCGAGUAAUUAGGAAGAUAGCCAAUAGGAAAUUAACAAAAAAUUAUUUGUGUAAAAUAGAAAAACUUUAUAAGGAACGGUAAUUAUAAAUGAAGGAGAUAAUACUAACAAUAAGUUAGUUACACAGAAAGCAAAUUAGAACUGGAAUAUGGUAAAGAAGUUAAGCAUUAUGAUGAGGUUUAAGCAAAAACUCAACAAAAUUAUAUAGCAAAGACUAUAAAAUAUAAAAGAUUUUCAUCAUCGUAUGAUAGGAGAUUGCACAGAUGCACCUAUUUUGAAGAUGGAAGAAAAAAAAGAAAAUAUUAAAAGCUUAUACUAUAAAAUUUUCUUAGAAACUUACAACCCAGAGUCAUUACUGAUCAUUUAUUAUAAAAUUUUCAUUACAUUAUACACACUCUUUAAUGUAAUUUAUUUACCUUUAAUUUUUGGAUUUGAUCUUGAUUUAGGCACUGCUUUUAUUGCUAUCCACUCAUGCACUAUUAUUAUCUUUCUUUUUGAGAUAUAUGCUAGCUUUAGAAUUUAAUACUAUCACUUAGGAGAGCUUGUUACUGAUAGGAAUUAGAUUUAUUCUAAAUAUCUUAAUAAUAAGUUCAUUACUGAUUUGAUCACUAUUAUAGCUCUGGUUAUCGGUUAUGAUAAAAAACCUGCUCUCCUUUUUAUUUUAGUUAAAAUUAGGAAUAUUCUUUCUUAUCUAUGGGAUAUUGAUAAUCAUUACUACUUGGCUGAGAGAUAUAAUGCUUUGUGGAUAUUAAUCAAACUAUUUGGGUUUAUUGCGAUACUUUGUCACUACUUUGCUUGUAUAUUUCAUUAUACUGGUAUGGUUUAGGAACAUAAAUACCCAGAUGUUACCACCUGGACUAGAGAAUUUAACUUAAUAGGAUAACCUUGGUCAUUGAGAUACAAUUAUUCAAUAUACUUUUCAUUUAUAACAUGCAUCACUAUUGGCUACGGAGAUAUAACCCCAAAAAAUACUAACGAAAGAAAUAUUGUAAUAUUAAUUAGUUUGAUAUCGACUGGUUGUUUUUCAUAUUCAGUAAAUACAAUGGCUACUGUUUUUUAAGAUUUUCUCAAUAAAUCUAAGAAAUCAAAAGAGAUGAGGUAUGAUGCAAUCAAUUACAUGAGAGAAAGGAAUAUUCAUAAGAAUCUGCAAUUAAGAGUUUUGAAGUAUAUUGAGUAUAUUUACCAAAUGGAAGCUCAGUCGCCUGAUAAAGGACUCUUUGCCAUAAAUUAAAUAUCUGGGCAUUUAAAAGCCUAACUUUUUUAAGAUUAUUAUGGGAAAAUUAUCAUACAAGAUAAGCAUUUCUCAUUAAAUUAUAGUAAAGAAACAAUAGACAAGCUUUCUUUAAAAAUGAAAGAGAGGAUCUACGGACCUGGAGAAAUCAUUUUUGAUCAAGGAGAACAAGAUACAAGAAUUUUCUUUUUAAUGAAAGGAGAAAUAGAAUAUUAUUAUCCUAAUAGAGGUAAUAAGUAAUCUGAAUACCUAUCAAUAUUCUAAACGCAAUAAAAUUAGUUUUUUGGUUAUAAGGGCUUUAUUUCUGGAAUUCCUCGUGAAAUGACUUGUAGGUCUAUCAAUAUAACUUAAGUUUUCUACUGCACUCGUGAAGAUUUAGUGUCAAUUUUAAAGGAAAAUCCACUUGAAUAUGAAAAAUUUUGUAAGCUCAGAGAUGAAUAUUUAUUGCAAUAUUCAAGUUUAGGAGAGAAAUGUUUUUCUUGCAACGAGUAUGGGCAUACUAUUUCGGACUGUUAUAAAAUAAGGUAUGUUAAAAAUAAAGAGCUUCUCAUUUUAAAGAAAAACUACUCAGCAAACUAAGUUAGACAAUUUGUUUAAAGGAGUAAUAAAAAAUAUGCGACAUUCCUAAACAUGUCAAUAACUUCUUUCGAAGCUAUUAAAUGCAAGUUAAAAAAUGUAAUGCAACUUCAAAGGUAGCAUCUAUCAGAAGAGGUUAUAGAUAAAAUCAUCAUUUAAGAACAAUCUAAUCACAAAAGAUUCUGUUUAAAAUAUCCUAGCAUUAAACUUACUGAAAAUUGUAAUGAGAUUCUUUUAGGUAAAAUGGAUGAACCAUUUGAAUACAGCACCAGUGAUUCAGAUAGUAACUUAUCACAAAUAUCUGAAGAUGAGUCAUUAUCAGAAUAAUCUAGCUCAGGUCUAUAUGAUUUAGAUAGUACUUAGCGAGAUCAAACUCUAAAUAAUAUUUAAAAAUCAGAAAAUAAAAGAAGCUUUGCUAAAUCAUUUAAAUUGAAUUAGGAGUAAAAUCUAGAAGAUAUUUAAUAUGAUGAUAAUGAAAACAAAGACGAGUUUUAAGAAUAAACUAAUAAGGUUUAGAAAAUAGAAUUUACUUUAGAAAAAUAAAAUAGCAACUAAGGUCUCUUGAAAGACUCUUCUAAUUAUUAAAUUACUGAAAAUAAUUAAUCUGAAUAAAUUGCAUAAAAUUUGAUUGGUAAUGAAUAUUCGAAAAAUACUAACAUCUAUGACUCAGGUGUUAAAAAUAAGAUUCUACUGAAUACUCCUCAGAGUAAUAACCCUUAAGAUCGUGAAUAUGAAAUAACUAAAUAGUUAAUUGGGUCACCAUCACUUGGUAGUUAAGAAAUGUUGAACAGAUAUGCAAACGAAAGCAAAGCAAAAAGUAUUUAAUGGAAUAAAAAUGCCAAUAAAAAAUCAAUAUUAAUAAAAAGCAAUAGUCAAAACCAAGAUUAAGAUAAACCAACAAAAAUGAAUAGCUAAUCUAAAAUAUAACUAAAUAGAAAGAGUAUCAACAAUUUUUAAAAAGCUAACAAAUAUAUAUAGAAAUUAAGAGAAAAAUUUGAUAUAGCUCCAAGCUAAACUGAUGAAAAUAAAUAUUUAUCAAGUACAGCAUAGAGAUUUGCUAAUGUUGCUUAAGAGUUAACAAUGACCAAUACGUAUGAAGAUAAAAAUGUAUCAAUUCUAGCUAAUAAAAAGAGUGCUUAAUAUCCACAAUAUGAACAAUAUAAUUCAAAGCAAAUGAAUAACUCAAAUAAAUAUGAAACAAAUGAAAAUAUAAUUAAUUUCUACUAAGGAUAAAUAAACAGGUUAGGUUAGUUUUUAAAUUACUUCUAAAAUUAACAAAAAAGCAGCAACAAAAUCUAAGUUAACAGCACAAAUAAUCUAGCCAAUGAUUUUCAAAAUUAGCUUCCACCACCUCCACCAAGAUAGCACUCAAUUAAUAAAACAGAAAAAUAAGAAAGUUCUCUGAGUUAUCCAUAAAAAAGAAUGGCAGUAUUAGAUUUGAAUGAGUUUUUGUUAAAAGCAAACAAGUAGGAUAUAUUCAAAAAUUUCUUACAAGACGAAGAAGUAGAAAAUAAUUAGGAACUUUUUUAUUAUGAUUUCGAUUUUCUUAAAGAAUUCACAUAUUAUUUCCCUCAAAAUAAUCACACAGCAGUCUGUUUAAAUUACAAACGAAUUAUGAAAAAAUUAUAAUAAAGUUAAAGGAAAAACAUAAAACAAAUAAAUGUUAAUCAACCAAUUGCCUCAUAAAGAUAAAACUUUAGUAAAUUCAAAAAAGAUUCAUAUUGA